CUCUUCAAAAUCUAGGGUUUGUUUUCAUCUUUGAUUCCAUCGAAACCUUUUGAAUCCGACCACAUACGUAAUUCAUCCAUGAGACCACCAAAUACACCCAACAUAGUGCUGUGUUUCUUUUGAUUUCCAUCUUGUCUAGGGUUUGUGUUCGCUCUACAUAUACUGCUUUCGUAUCAUCAUCAAUCAGGUUUUUUGGGGGAUUUGUUAGUUAUGUUUAAUAUCUCUUUCCUUCGAUCGUCUUCAUCGCUUUCAUUGCUAGUGAUUAAGCUUGGAAAUCUCCGUGUGUUUGGCCCUGGAUUGAAUCCUUUUUCUCCAUACAAUAUGGCUAAUCACUUCUCUCGCUAAUUUUCUUUUUCCAUUGAAUUGUUUGCUCCAAAUUAUGUAAAAAAAGACUAUCAUCUGCGAUGUGUGUGUCUGUUCAGUUUCAAGACACUGUUAGGGUUUCCGUCUGUUUAAGAAGCAACCGUUUUUAGUUUAUUUGGCUGCAAAGGGUUGUUGAAUUUCGAGGUGUAUUCAAAAGACAAUUAAGAGAAGGAAGGAUGACCCAAGAUUACGUCGUGCGUUCGAAUAGUAAUAGUAGGCGCUUGAGGCGUUCCGACAGCUUGCGCUCCAACAGCUCCGGGGAUGACAGGGACGAUAGAGGAUGGACUAAUCUUCACGUUGGCGCUCGAAAAGGAGAUCUUAAGGAGGUGAAAAGGCUUCUCGAUGAAGGAAUGGAUGCAAAUGUGGCUGCACUGGGUCCCAAAUCUCAUGGGCUCACCCCUCUCCAUCUUGCUGCCAAGGGUGGUCACAUAAAAGUUAUGGAUGAACUGCUUGAGCGUGGUGCUAAUAUUGAUGCUCGAACCAAGGGUGCCUGUGGCUGGACUCCACUCCACACUGCUGCAAAAGAGAGAAACAGGAGAGCAAUCAGAUUUCUAGUCGAAAAUGGAGCAUUCUUGCCGGAUAACAUAGAGGAUACGCGGUUUAAUCCACCAGUUCAUUACUGUCCUGGUCUUGAAUGGGCAUACGAAGAGAUGAAGCGUGUUCAACACGAGAGUGGCUCAUCAUCUGGAGAAGGUUCCUACAGUUCUGAGAACUAAAGACCAUUUCGACUUUAUCAAGUUCGUGUUUCUCCAUGGUAUGAAAUUCGGUCUCUUUUUGAUUUUAGGAUUUGUGAUAUUGUUGUAUUCUGUUUCUGGGUCUUUGUCUGGAUAAGAAUGUGAAUUCCAAUCAAUAAAUCAUAUGCUAUUAAUGCUACUGCUUUCUUCAA